CAAAUGAGUGGGGAGCGUAAGGUCUACACUUUUGCUGAAGUAUCUCAGCACAAAACCUAUAAUGAUUGUUGGCUUAUCAUUGAUGGCAAGGUUUACGAUGUCACGAAAUUCUUAGAUGAUCACCCUGGUGGAGGUGAUGUGGUUGUGUCUUCCACAGCAAAAGAUGCAACCGAUGAUUUUGAGGAUGUUGGUCAUAGUAAGAAUGCAAGAAAAAUGUUGAAUGACUACUACAUAGGAGACAUUGAUUUGUCCACCAUGAAAUCUGCUGGGGCUAAGUCUCCUCCAUCUUCUAAACUUGCUCAACCACCUCAAUCGUCAACGAGGAUACCAUCAUCAUCAUCAAACUUAACUGCCAAGAUCCUCCAGUUUUUGAUUCCCUUGAUUAUCUUGGGUUUGGCAUUUGGUGUUCGUUUCUACAAGAAAUCAGAAUAA